AUGGGUCCUUCGAACAGAUUCAGACAUGGACCUAUAGGGACAUUACACAGAUUCUUGACUGUUACUCUGCUUGGAUGGAUAUUGAAUGCCAGUAAAUGCUUUUGUGGAAAUCGUUUAUCAGCAAAAUUAGAUGGUGUGUAUCGAUAUUUUAUGGAAGAGAAGAAUCCAGCAUUACAGAUUGUAUAUUUGACAUUAUUGACGAGUGCGAUCUAUGUAUUUAAAAUAACUGGAUGGGAACAAAUUCCCGGGCCUUAUCUUUCUCGAGUGCAUUUGUACGUAUGUGUCAAGAAAGUUCAUCCUUUCAUGAAUCUUGGAGUGAUCCCGGCAGAAUUACGCGAGAAAAUGCGAUUAAAGCCUGUAAAAUAUUCGAAUAUGAUUUCUUAUUGUUUGAACCAAGACCUUGCAGGACUUACCCGCUCGCUCAAAACAUUGUUCUCUGUACUGAAUAAUAAUCAUGUUGAAUUAUCAGGUGCGUGGAUUAAUAACUGUGUUGGAUUAAGAAAUCAUCGUUUUUUCAUACUUUUCCUUUACGCAACAAUACAAAUUUGCUUUUAUGGCACAUAUUUAAUUACCUGGAUUUUCUUUGGCAUUGCCAAGCAAAAAAACCUAAGUGCCGCUUUUAUUUACGAUAAUAUAACCGGAAGAAGAGUACCGAUAACUUUCUAUCAAACAGUAUUGUAUUUAAUUCAUCAAGAACGUUUACUUGGAUCAUUGGGGAUUUUUGCAUUCCUUGUUGGAUUAGUUGUAUUUGUAUUUUUAUGUUAUCAACUGCAUCUUAUUUAUUGUGGCAUUACUACCAACGAAGGAUUUAAAUGGGAGGAUUUAGAGGAGAUAAUAUUGGCGGGUGAACUUUAUUAUUACGAGAAAGAAUUGAAUCAAGCUGACGAUGAUAACGGGAAAAAUAAAAAGUCAAAAAGGAAAUCGAUAAUGGUUUAUUGGUCAGAAACAGCAGAACAACGAAGAGAAAGAUUAAGUAAAAAAACUAUACAAGACAAAGAAUCACCUGAGGGAACUCAAGUGCGUACUUUACAAGAAGUCAAACAAUCUCAAAGUACGGGUCUUACUUCAAUGGAUAUGAUCUUGGAAUUUGCCAGGGGACUUGGAUAUACAGAGGUUUCUUCAGCACCCACUCUACAGACUACAUCUUUGCUUGAAUUGAUGGAUCUUUUGGAUGAAUUGAUGGCGUUACAAGACAAAAUAAAUGGACUUCAAGAGGAUAUCACAAAGAUCAAAGAUGUUCGAGAAACCUAUGAUAUUGUAAAUUCAGCAGAAUUAGAGAAAAAAAUUAAAAUUCUUGAAACUUUAAGCAGUCAUAUACAGUCUAUACUUUCCAACAAACAACUACUGAUGAUGCGUUUCAAGAAUCCUUAUGUUGGCGAACAUAUAAAUAUCGAACCAAAAUAUCAUAAGGAAUUGGCGGAGCUGCUCCCAACAAUUAUACAAAGCAUCGCAUCUCUCCCAAAAGAUAUGGAGAGUGCAAAAUGGGUUGAUGAGAAUCAACAAAUUAUUGUUGAUGAAAGGAAACUAAACAAACAACUUUCAUCAACUGCCUCGAUUAUUGCGAUGUAUGGUAAUUAUGCAGAUUGUCUUGAUAGAAUUCGAAUGAUCGUCAAAGAGAUGCAAGAAAAAGUGUAA